AUGGCAAAGAUGAGUUCGACAGCAUCCACAGCCGCCUCUUUCGCCGGCGACAAGCCACCCAGCAUCAGACCGACGAAGUCGUCAUCCACCGAGCAAUCGUUCCACUCUUGCGAACAACAGUCGUUCUACUCUUGCGAAUCGCAUGCGGCAUCGGAAAAGACUCCCACGCCAAGUCAGGAAGACGAUGAACCGCCAGCGCCAAACAACUGGCUCGAGCUCUGGGUACAAUGUUACUGGCGAGACGUGGCCGACGACCACAAAGCCGAGGACCAGCAGCAAGGAAUCAGCAGAGCGCCAGCCAAGCGCGCCUUCCUGUCUCAGCCAAAUGCCAUGCAUCCGCCGUCCGCUCGCGCCUCGCGUGAUCUGCGAGUCAACGAUUUGGAGGGUCGCACUCCGCUGGAAGAGUACACGGGCAAACAUGCUUUGCGGUCGGGGAACGUUUCCACGGAAGAUGAGCUCGAGACCUCGGAUAUGAUUCGGGAUUUGAAGGGGAUUCUGGAAUGUUCGGGUGCUUUCAUGGAUGGGUAUAGCACGCUCGGGCUACCGAUUCAUGCGAAUACCAAGGGAGCUGAGGAAAAGUUUGACCGAUGGAUUGACCGCUGUCUGCCUGAUUUUGGGACGAGCCCGAAGGGUUGUGAGCCGGAGAAAUAG